CAAGCUUGUAGAGAACCGGCAAAGUUGAAGCUCUGGCUUGCCAAAGGCUGUAUUAAAUUCGCGACCACGCUUUAUAGUGAAUUUGUACGCUCGUCAUAUUAAGCUACGUUUUCUGAAAAUGCUGAAAGACAAACUUAAGAAAAACCAAUAAAUUUAUGUGCCAUUUGUGUGUGGAAGUGCGACUGCGGAACUGAUCAUGUACAUCGAAGACCACUUUUCCACUGAAGGCCCUGCCUUGAAAUGCGCCAAAGAGGAGGACGUGGGUGUUGGCAUCAAGGUUGUUGUUGUGGGUAACGGAGCUGUGGGCAAGUCGUCUCUGAUCCAACGCUACUGCUGUGGCACCUUCAGACAGAGUUACUGCAGGACUAUUGGCGCCGACUUCCUGGAAAGACACACUAAUUGCGGUGGGCGCUCCGUACAUCUGAUGCUGUGGGACACGGCUGGACAAGAAGAGUUUGCGACCAUCACUCGCGCCUACUACAGAGGGGCGUCCUGCUGCAUACUUGCAUUCAGCACCACAGAUCCAGAAUCUCUCGCUGCCGUCCCCUUCUGGAAAGAGAAGGUUGAGCAGGUUUGCGGACAAAUACCCACUGUGUUGGUGCAGACUAAAAUCGACCUUCUAGGAGUUACUGCAAACGUCAAUCAAUCCAGAGUAGAAGAAUUGGCAGCAGAGUUGGGAGUUAGGUUGUUCCGGACCUCAGCCUUAGAAGACCACAACGUGGACCCUGUCUUCUUGUACCUGGCAGAGAAAUGUCUGGAACUCAUGUCCAGGUCGUGCUCAGUCGUCACGCCGCUCACCAAAGACAUGUUCGGGGCAGCAGAUAAGCUGCGCCGAGGUGACACUAUCGUCCUGCGGUCCAAGAAAAACGGCAAGUUCAAAUUCAAUUAUAUCUCGAGGCCUCCCUGCUGGAUCGUCUGAAGUCAAAUCUGGUCGUUAGCAUUAAGGUGGACACGAGAAGAGGCUGCGCGCGUUGAUUUAACUGAGGUUAGAUGUGUUUCCUGCUACGCCUUGUUGUGGCAUUUUAGGUUGAUUUACAAUUUCAACCACAUUAGUUUGAAAUCCCAUUUCAACCACAUUGGGUUGAAAUCUCAUUUCAACCACAUUGGGUUGAUAUCCCAUUUCAACCACAUUGGGUUGAUAUCCCAUUUCAACCACAUUGGGUUGAUAUCCCAUUUCAACCACAUUGGGUUGAUAUCCCAUUUCAACCAAUUAGGUUGAAAUCUUAUUUCAACCACAUUUGGUUGAAAUGGGAUAUUACGACACUAAGCUUUACUCGAUAAAUGGCUGUAGUAUUUACCGUAGAUAGUAGUCGUUACAUAACAAUUGUAGAAAGCUAACUAAUAAUAAAAAAAUCUGGACUUGAUGAACAUCUUGGUGUUGCAUAUAACUCUUGAAUGGUAUACGAGACCGCUACAAAAGCAAGAGAUAUAUAUAUUCAGUAAAAAAGGUGAAGGAGGUCGAAAAAUUACGAUCGUCAAUGUUCACGUGACAAGAAGCUGAUCACGUUAGAAAUUAUAAGAGCACAAAGCGACGCUUCAAUUACGACAGGUAUAACAAAAACACGCACGUUUUUACAGUAUACUUUGCAAUCGCAAUGAGAAAUAGGCAAUAAAAUAAUUAUGUCAAAAUUUGUGAUGAAAAAAUGUUUGAUCAUGCAGUUGCUUUCC